AUGAUGUUUACGCAAAAUUGGCGAAAAUUGUGCGACAAAUAUCGGGAUCGUCAUUCCGAAAAUUAUACUUAAACAAUCCAUAGUAAAAUGUGAUACACGAUUACCCUCUCUCCCCUUCUUUCGUUUACAAUAUGUCAUGUUCAAAAAUAUUUUUAGGAGAUUUGCCCGAAUUAACUUAUGAAGUUGUAAAAUAUUUUCAUAAUGAUUUUUCAACUUUAUAUUCAUGCGUUUUAAUUAACAGAUUAUGGUGUCGUUUAGUGACUCCAUUAUUAUGGGAAAAUCCUUUUUCAAUCCGUACCAGGAACUAUAAUUAUUUAGAAGUUUACUUACAAUAUUUAAAUGAUGAUAUUAAAACACAACUAAAAGAAUAUAAAGUUAUUAAUAAUUCAUUACCUUCAAAUACAUUCUUUAAUUAUUCUAUGUUUUUAAAACAUUUGAAUAUACAUAAGUUUGUUUUAUCUUUUGAAAAUUGGCUACGAGCUAAAACUCCAACCUUCGAAAUUAGAUUUACAAUACUAUUGAAUGAUAUAUGUACAUCACUAUUUAAAAUAUUUAUCGAAAAUGAGAUAAAAUUACAUACUCUUGAACUUGAGAUUUACUUUUUAUAUAGUGACACAAUUUAUGAUAAUAUUAUUAAAUUAAUUUUAAAGCAUCCAAAUUUCAUUCAUAAUAUUAGAAAUCUAAAAUAUCUUGUGCGUGAUUUUUGUACUAAUAUUCCAGUUAAUGAUCAUCUAUUACAAAUAAUUAAAUCACAUCAAAAUUCAAAAAAAAAUUUAUUAUCAGGAUAUAUUGAUUUUCGUCUAUAUCAAUCAUUAUUAUUUUCAAAAGAUUUUAAUUGUUCAAAUACCUUAAAUACAAUUACAUUCUAUCGAGCCAAUUUGAUUCAUUUUACUAGUAACAUAUUCGAACAAUUAAAUGUUUUGGAAUCUGUUCAUAUUAUUUAUUGUUAUUCUUUAAAUGAGAAUUUUCUUCAACAAAUUAAUAAUUUAACUAAACCAUUUAAAUUAAAAUCUUUAUUUAUGGAUGGUUUAAUAUCAAUCGAAUCAAUAGAAUUAUUAUUACAAAAAUCUGGAAGUUAUUUAGAAAAUUUUGGGUAUAAAAUUCGCAAUUCACUAAUAAGUCAACGACAUUUAGAAUUAAUUAUAAAAUAUUGUAAAAAUCUCAAAUUUCUUGAUUUUCAUGGAUAUGAAAAUCGGGUUACUUUUCGAGUAAUCGAAAAUAUUAUUAAACAAAAUCUUAAUUAUCUUUCAAUCAAUAUUGGGAGAGAUUGUUAUGGUAAUAUUAAAGGUAGUUCAAUCAUAUUACAAAAUUUAGGUCAAGUUCUCCCUUCUAAAUUAGAAUACUUGAGUUUGACUCUUACUAUUAAAAGAAGUAAAUUUAGAGUAUUCUUAGAAAAUUCCCAAAAUAUUUUUAUUAAUAAAUUAUUAAUAAUGCAAAUAGGUAGUUAUGAUAUUUUACAUUAUACAAAGGAAUUUAUUAUGAAUGAAAAAAGAGUCAAUUAUUUAGCUAUCAGGAACAGUUAUAAUAUAGAUUUGUAUGAUUUGAGAGAUGUAGUAAAGGAAUUUAAGUUACAUAAUAUUAAAGUUCGAAGUUUUUAUGAUUUAAGUUUAUCUGAUAAACUUAACCAUCCUAGAGAUUCUUUAAAUAAUAAUCUUAUUGAUUAUUUACGAGGAUGAAUAUCAUAUAUAAUUCAUGACGAUUUUAUCAUAUGACAAAAAAUUGGAUGUUCCCUGUAGUUAAAUCGAUUGCAAAUAAAAGUUUUAAUAAAUCAUUUGAUAUUAAAUUAUUGCAAAAUUAGAUAUGAACUAAAGCUUUUAAUCUUAUAAAUUUCUUACUAUCUGGAUGAGCGAAUACUGCAUAUUUUUUUCUUUUAAAAUAUAUCCUUUCGAUAUCUAAUGAUCCGAUUAUCCAUGUUUUGGCUAAAAAUGCAGAAACAUUCCUGAGAAUAAUUUUCUUUUUAAAUAUAUUUCUCUAGAUUGUGAAGCAUCUUGCAUAAUUAUUAGGAGCAUAUUGUUUUCGUUAUAAAGGAAAAAUCUUCGAAUUUUGAUACGAGUUAUCGUGAAAAAAAAAUGUUUGUGUUAUAAAUAAUUUUUACUUUAUUUUAUUAUUUAUUGUAAAUUCUGA